UCGACGGGUAAUCAGUGUCAGUGUGAUGUUGAACAUUAUGUCGACAUUAUCAACAAUGCUCCGUAUCACCUUUGUUGCCGGUUUUGCUGUCGUCUUUUUGGCGAUGGCAGCAACGGAGGAACUUUACUCCGAUAAGUACGACGACAUCACCGUGCUAGAACUUCUUCAGAACGAACCCAUCCGUAAGCGGUAUUACGAGUGCUUUUUGGGUACAGGACCUUGCGUCACCGCUGAUGCGGAAUUUUUCAAAGAACAUCUUCCGGAAGCGGUAGUGACGGGGUGCCGUAAGUGUACAGAAAAGCAAAAGAUGGAUUUCGACACCAUGACGGUAUGGUUCAUCGAAAAUAAACCGGAUGAGUGGCAAACUUUGAUCACGAAACUUACUCAAGAUGCCCAAAAUAUAAAACAUUGAAAAAUCAUAUUUACUCAAUGAGGGAAAUGAUCGCGGAUGCUGAAGAGAUAUCGAUCUACGAUAGAUGUUCGCUGAGUAAAAAUUUGAUAUUUCUUUUGCAAAACACACAUGUGAAUAUUAUUGUUAUUGUUUAAAUGUUUGUUAUUACGCCUUCCACAACACCUGCGAUACUAUGAAUAUAAUCAAUAAAAUUUUCAUCCAAAU